AUGACGCUGGCGGACCUCAAGGCCGUCAUACAGAGUGAAAUCCAGAUCCCCCCUCAGUCGCAGCAUCUCUUCCACAACAACCGGCCGUUGACAGACGACUCGAAGCCGUUGGGACAGCUGGGCAUAAGCGAAGGUGACAUGCUGGGUAUGCAUAUACGAGUACCAACUCCGGCCUCCGGACCCGGCCAGGGUAACCCCUCGGGUGUUGGAGCUGGAGCUACAUCACAGCAAGGGGACUCUUCACGCGGGGGGCAGCCGACGAUACCGGACCCAGAGACGAUAAGGCUGCACAUGUUGGGUGAUCCACGGGUCCUGGCAGCAGUCAGACAGCAGAACCCGCAGCUGGCGUCUGCCGUGGAUGACCCGCGGCGGUUUCGAGAGAUAAUGAUGUCUCAUCGGCGCGCUGAGGCGCGGGUCGAGGCUGCAAAGGAGGCCAGAAUAGCCAUGCUGAACGCAGACCCGUUCAACCUCGAUGCACAGCGGGAGAUUGAGGAGAUUAUUCGUCAGAAUGCUGUUACCGAGAACCUACAUACGGCCAUGGAGCAUACUCCUGAAGCAUUUGGACGAGUAACUAUGCUGUACAUCCCUGUGGAGGUGAACGGCCAUAAAGUGAAGGCAUUCGUUGACUCCGGUGCCCAGGUCACUAUCAUGUCACCUGCCUGCGCCUCGGCCUGCAAUAUCAUGCGAUUAAUCGACCGACGAUAUGGCGGUAUUGCAAAGGGUGUAGGUACCGCCGACAUUCUGGGGCGUGUCCACUGCGCCGAGAUCAAAAUCGGGGACAUGUUUCUCCCUUGUUCCUUCACGGUGAUGGAUGGGAAGCAUAUUGAUCUCCUUCUUGGCCUAGACAUGCUUAAACGCCACCAGGCUUGUAUAGACCUGAAAGAAGGCGUGCUUAAGAUCCGGGAUGAAACGGUGCCGUUCCUCCAUGAAGCCGAUAUACCCAAGCACCAAGACGAGUUUGAAGACGAGCCAAUGGUCAGGGGCUCGGACGGAGCUAUUAUCGGAGGCAGGACUGGUGCCGUACAACAUCCGGCUGCGGCUGGCGGGACGGCAGCCUUUCCGAGACCUGCACUACCAACUUCUUUACAUCGUCCACCGCCUACUGGCCCGUCUCCUGGCCUUUCUCCUGCUCCUCGUCCUGGUCCUGGUCCUGGUCCUGGUCCUGCUCCUACUGCUACUCCUGCUGCUGCCACUCCUGCUGCGGCUACUGCUAAUGCUCCCCAGCAGCGAGCCUCGCGCUGGCCAGCUGACUCGAUUGCCAAAAUAACUGAUCUAGGAUUCACGCGGGACGAAGCGAUACAGGCCCUCGACGCAGCGAACGGCAAUCUUGAUGGUGCAAUUGGAUAUCUCAUCUAA